CAUAUUAGUUACGUCCUUCGCAUUCACGAAUUGCGCUCUAUUGUUUAUUGCCAUAAACCGCAUAUACUCCUUAUAUCAAUCUGUUUUGUUUUGUUUUGUUGUCCACACGUCACACGAUUUGAUCAUGUCGAAGGUAUCGUCGUACACAAUUAUCUUGUCCAUAGCCGCGCUGUGCUCUCUAUCCACAGCGGCUUCAGACGCAGAUGACAUCUACCGCGAUAAAGAGAACGUGCUGCAAGCCAACGAAUUUAGUAACGAAGAAGUCAAAGAAUCCAAAUUGAUUACAAAAUGUUAUGAUGAGGAAACUAAAUCAGCUUACAAGGUAGACUCUGUUUGGUAUCCAGUGGGAAAAUGUGAAAAACGAACUUGCUCUAGGCAAAAUAACUCAAAAAUCCCAAUUAUAAAAACUAUAGAAUGUGAACCGUGCACUUCAUGUAAAUUGCCUAAUCAAAUAUGCCAUCCAUUCCGUUCUGAUAAAAAUUAUCCUAAGUGUUGUUCACAGUGUUUAACAAAGUCUACUAUACUUAUGAAAACAGAAUCAAAGAAAAAAUACCAAAACGUUUAAAUAUUUUCUAAUUAUUAUUGAUUUAUGUUCUAAAAUACAAUAAACCUAUACAUUCAA